UGUAUGCCGAUAUAUACGAUACAAAGCUCCACCAAAUUUCUAAAACCCACCCACCCAAUAUGCUGUGUUGAGUGUUGAAGUCGAACCCGCUUAAAGCUAAAAAGCUUUAGCCUUUAAUAAGAAUAAGAGAGUAGAAACAAAAUCCCUACUAUUUUUUAUUUUUCCAUUUCCAAUACCCUCUUUGGCUCUUUCUUCUCCGGACGACUAAGGAAAAGGCUUUUCCUUUUAUUAUUAUUAAUAAUUUUUGUUUUGAAUUGAGAGUCUGUGAUCUUCAUACUGCACACCAAUAAGCUUCGCGAUGAUUAUGGUCCGUAGGGGUUCUGCCUAGGAAGGAAGGCAUCUUUAUGUUUAGGUUUGAGUUUUAUUUGAUCAUCGAGUGUCUCUCUCUCCGACCAGGGACCUGACCUGACUUGAAAGUUGCAAAUUUGCAAUUGCCAAAACACAAACUAGUGGCUUUAUGUUAGUUGAAACAACCAGAACUUUUGACCAAUCAGUCAGCCAUCUGUUAAGAAAGAAGAUAUAGCAAGUCUUAGGAUAUGGGAUGCCUGGUGUCAACACCGAAAGAUACAGUAGGAAAUAGGAGGAGGCCGGCAAAUAUUGGGGAAGUUUCUGUCUAUGUUCCCGGUUUGCGAAUCCCUAAACCUGUUGAUUUCUCUCAGUCACUCGGUGAUCACUUAUCCAAGAGUUUAGUAGAACGCCUAUCUGCUUUAAGAACUCGUAUAGUUGUAAUGGCUGGCCAAGAAGGUCCUACAAUUACAAGAACAAGGAGAAAAACUGCUACCCAACAUGGUGGUUCAACAUUAGCCGAUCUUCAGCAGGCUCUCGAGGAUUACUUGCCUGUCCUUUUGGGAUUAAUGAAAGAUGGAAGCCAGCUACAACACAAGGUACAAUUUGUGUGGGUAAAUCAAGAGGAUGAUGCAGAGGAAACAGCUAUGUCUAAUGCAUGGUACGAGGUGCUGUCCAUCUUGCACUUAAUGGCAAUGCUAUCGUUCUCACAAGCUAAUUUGUUACUUCUUCCAAGAACAUCUGCUGAUGGUUAUCAGCCAAAAGUAACAGAAGAGAGUAGACGAGCUUCAAUUGAUAUUUUCAUAAAGGCAGCAGGAUACCUUGAUUGUGCUGUCCGACAUGUUCACCCACAGUUGCCUACUGAGCUCAAGAGAAACCUGCCAGUCGACCUAGCAGAAGGAGUUCUUAGGGCGCUUUGCCUACAAGCAUUAGGACAGGGUGUUGAUAUUCAACUUGGGAUGGCAAUUGAUAGCACAAAAGCUACUCUUGCAGUGAAGCGAAGGCUUGCGUGUGAAAUGGUGAAGUAUUGGCAGCAGGCUCAAGAUAACAUUAUGAACCUUCCAUUAUUAAAUGGUUGGGGUGAAAAGCAUCGGCUCUUUGUGAAGUGGAAAUAUGUUGAGGCAAAGGCUGCUGCAUAUUAUUAUCAUGGUUUGAUCCUUGACGAGGGUAACACCGAAAAAUUUCAUGGGAUGGCUGUAGCUGCUUUGCAAGCAGCAGAUGAGUAUUUUAAAGAAAGUAAGAAAGCAUGUGACGCAUUUCAUGCUGCUCCUCCUUUGUCGAGAAAUCCACCGCUCUGGGGAACCAUGAAAUAUCUAUCUGAAAAAAUUCCAAAAGAUACUUCGAGCAAAGUGCGGAUAAACCGUGACCUCUACUCACACGAAAAAAUCAUGGAGACAGCACCAACAUUGCCUGACUUUGCUUUGGCCCUGAAACCGGAUGAAUACCAACUUCCUCCGGUGGACCCGUCUUGGAACAUGGAGCACAUGAAUAAGGGACAGACUGGUUCCAACCAGCUCAGGAAUGAAAGAAGAUAGCCAAGCCAUAUAUGAUAGUUUUCUGCAUCACAAAGUAACAGGGGCCGAUCCAGAAGUGUGGAUGACCAUUCAAUUGUAGCGCCCAAGGUCCACUUGAGCUGUCCUUUUGUUACCCCCCUUCUUUUUUCUUCUUCUCCUUUUAAUCCAUUUUUCCUUAUAAAUUUCUUUUGUUCCUUCUCCCCAUGCGCAAUUUACUUAUAGAGCUCUGUAUUUAUGUUUUCUGUUGUGUGAAAAUUGUUAAUUGGCUGCUACGGGGGAAGAGAAGAAGAAUGACUUAUAUGCAAAUUACCAAGAACGGGUAUUUGCUCCAUCAAAGUUGAAGCCAGUCCUGUCCGAUUACGUUUGUCCAUCUGUUUCAUAA